CAUCUAUAUACUCCAAUCAUCUAUCUUCCUACCUGUAUUGAUCUUCUUCUGCGUCUCAAUUAUCCGAAUUGUCCCUUCGGGGACAUCCGAAAAAAUUGGAGUUAUCCCGAGAGAGAGAGAGAGAGAGAGAGAGAGAGAGAGAGAGGUGGACAUUGCUGCUCAUGAGUUUGAAGAAAACAGUUUGUAUUUUAAUGUGAUGAUACCAUUGUUAUUAGAAAGAGAAAAAGAUGGAUUCUAUGGUGACGAAGAGAAGCAAAGGCAUUGAAAACCCGGGAUUUCUUGAUAUAGAGAUAGACGAGGAAACAAUCUUGCCUAUUGAUUCGGUCAGAAAGAGAAUGGGUCAGGUGAAAAGCCCUGGAAAUGGUGUAGUUGAAGAAACAGGAAUUCAAGAAACCAGAAACGGUAACAACGAGGUUAGAGAGAGAGAGACGAUUGAGGAGGCGGAAAACCCUAGAAAUGGUAGAGAGAGGAAAGGAGAGACGGUGGCCCAUGACGCAGGAGUUGAGGUUAGAGAGAGAGAGAGCGAGAUGGUGGAAAACCAUAGAAAUGGGGAAACCCCUCCUGAUGACGAUUGUUGCUCUAUUUGCUUUGGGGACUUUGACAUUCCUUGUAAGACUAAUUGUGGACACUGGUUUUGCGCCAGAUGCAUUUUGAUGUUAUGGAACUAUGGUAGGGCACUUCAGCGUUGCAAGUGCCCCAUUUGCACACGUUGCAUUAGUGAGUUGACACCAGAGGCAUCACUAGCCCUUCGGCAGGAAGAGGAAGUUGUUGAGGCUUUGAAGAAAGUUGAGAGGUACAAUCGCCUAUAUGUAGGUGGUGCCCGUGGCCUCAUGAUGAAAGUCCACGAGCUACCACUGCUGUUCAGGAGAUGUCUUGGAGAAAUGAUUGAUCCUAAUAGAUUGAGAUUUAACUACUAUACGGCACGGCUCAUUGCAUUGUUGCUGGCCAUUUUGUAUGAGGUUUGUGGGUUUGACUUCAUUCCAACAGGGAGACUGGGGGCCGCAAGACUGUUUCAGUAUUCUGCUAUGGCUGUUGUACUCAUACUAUUCGCUGUUGGUCUGGUCCGCCGAUUCAUACUUUACCUUCGCGUUAGGCGCUUGGCUGCCCUCCAGCAAUGACUUGCCUAAACUUUAAAGUGCACAGUUUCGAGAGUGUUUUCUUUGUAAAGCAGAUAACUUUGGGAUCGCACGGUGAUAACAAUUCUGAUACAUUGGUAGAUAUUACUUACAUUGACAGUGUUCUGUUACAUUUGUAUAAAUUACUUACAUAGUCAAAUCCAGAAUUCCUACUGUAAAGGUUGAUGUUCUUGUGCAUGUUAUGACUUCAGUACUUGUGAUUGCAGUUGUUGAUGUAAAAAUAUAUGAUGGGAGGUUACUGUGCAAUGAAGCCCCUUUUUUUUUCCUCC